AUGGCGACUGCACUACAACCACCAAGCACUCCCCCUCCACAUUCUACCCUCAACACUCCUAGAACACCUCGACAUGGAGCUUUCGAAGACGACUAUCAGCCAUACUCGCCACGAAAGUCAAGCCGCAUAUCUCAACGAGCUCGAGACACCAAUACUCCACCUCCUCGUCAAACCUCGAGCAGUAUGCGAAAUAAAUCAACUCCACAAACAUCACGCAUUGCUUCAACUUCGAAUGCUUUUGCCAACACGCCAGCCUCUCCUCCAAUGACCUCCAAGAGACGAACCCCGAGACAACUAGGUCACUUCGAAGGAGGAUCAAGAUCGGGCGCUCUUGACAUUGAGUCUACUUCUUCCGCAGCCACUGUCCUUGGUCUACCUACACCCUCAAGAACCGAUAAGAUGGAUGUCUCUCGAUCUGCUUUGCGAAACAACGGCAUGUUGCCCACACCGGCAAAGACUCCGCAGCGUGCCAGUGCCACAAAUCUGGCCGUGAAGGGGGUUGCGCGCAAUAUAUUUCCCACUCGCGGUGGUACCGAUGAUGAAAUCAUGCCCACACCAAGAAAAAAGAGCAAUAAGAAAUAUAGUGGCUUCACAAUUAACAGUUUCGGCGUCGAUGAAGAGGACUCUCCAAUCGCAAUUUUUACCGAUUCUCAUGAUCGGGUACCCUCGCCUGAUAUCAGCGAGGAUAAUCCAUUUUACAGCCAGCACAAUAACGUACCAGCCGAGCCUGUUCGACGUACCAGCAAGCGCAGAAAGGUUUCAGUGAAAGGAGAAGAGGAUCAAGAAAUGACCGAUAUUGGCAGUCGCAAGGACGGGCUCGUUUAUAUCUUCCGUGGUAAACGAGUGUUUCGAAGGUUUUCUGAUGCCGUUGAUGUCGAUGAAGACGUCUCAAAUACUGCACCGAUCGGGGAAUCCUCAGAGACUGAGAUUGAUGUGAACGACCUUCCAAAUCAUCAAGGACCUCUUACUCGCUCAUCUGUAGUCCCAAGACUCCUGUUUGCAACCGAAGAACAGAAAAAGGAAAAAGAGGCGCGUUUGAAAGCUGCCGAGGAAGAAGAAGCUGAUACCGAUAUCGAGCUUCCCAUCAUGGCAUCAAGCAGUUCUCGUCGUCGCACUGGAAAUCGCACUGAUGCGCUCAUGGAGUCUACACCUUCUGAACAAGUGGACUGCGAUAUUACCACUCCAAAAGCUCCACGCUUUGCGCCUUACUCCCCUCCUACGACCGGCAGAGCUACCAGAUCCCAGAAGCUGGAGCUAAGUGAUCCUCCGACUGAAAGCGACGACGAUCGGCCAACUACUCCUACACAUAAGCUUACCGCCUCGAAAAGGGUUAGUCCUUUCAUGGGUUGGCAACGGACAAAAGGCGAGGCCGCUACGAGCACUAAAAAGAGACAAGCGACAUCAUUGCCGCAGUCCUCGACCGGAAAGAAGGCUCGUCGAGUCUAG